AUGAGUAAUAUAUCUAUCGGAUUUUCUCGAGACUGGACGACAGAAUUUUUCGACCAGCGGGUUGCGUUCUUGGGGACAACAAUAGUUGACCUUCAAUCACAAGUCGUUCCACUGAACGACCAGCCACAGUGGUCGACUGUGGUCGACCAACUCAAAUCGCAAAUCGCAGAAUGCGACUUAAAAAUGGAAGAGCUUGGAAGACUUCAAAAACGAUACUUGUCAAUCGAUCUUGAUGAUUAUGAACAAAUUGGUAGGGACGUUGAUGCUAAGACCAACGAAGUCAAAUCCAUGUUGAGAAAAAUGCAAAAUGGCGUCACACAAUUUGCGCGAUUUAAAGAGAUUGACAAUCCCACUGUCAUCCAAAACGUUCAAAUUAAUCUUGCAGACGACGUCAACACGGUUGCAGAAAAGUUUAAACGACAAAACAAAGACUAUCUCCUCAAACUGAAACAACGAACUAAAAAGUUUGACGAUUGUUUUUCGAAUGGGGAGGAUGAGGGAGUUUAUUCAUUUGGAUUUGAUGAAAAACAGGUUGGCAUGCUGACGGAGUCGGAAGAGCUGGUGAAUAGUCGAGUUGAGGAGAUAAAAAAGAUUGCUAAAACGGUUCAAGAACUUGCUGAAAUGACAAGGGAACUCAACUCAUUGGUUCAUGAACAGGGCACCAUUGUCGAUCGUAUUGAUUACAAUAUUCAGCACACCGAAAAACACGUCGCAAAAGCGGUGCAGGAGAUCAAACAGGCCGAAAAAUACCAAAAAGCAACAAGAGUCAAAAUCAUUGUUUUGAUCCUUUUGUUGCUCAUUGUGGGAGGUGUGAUUGUCCUCGUGCUGAAGGUUGCCCUGUAA